UGUUUUGGUCAAUAGACCAAACCGAAAACCGGUUCUUAUAUACCAAACCGAUACUGAUGUUUAGCUCCUCCUUCCUUUAUAUAUGCCCUAACACAUUCUCAGUUCUCUCACCAUCAAUAACAUCUUUCUCUCUCCCUCUCUUCUUCCUCAUAAUGGUGAAGCAGAUAAGACGAUACGCUCUGUUUCAGGCCACGCCAGACUCUGAGUUCGUCAAGGAGACGUAUGGAGGCUACUUCAACGUAUUUGUGUCGGCAUUUGGAGACGAAGGAGAGCAAUGGGAUCUUUUCCGUGUGAUCGAUGGCGAGUUUCCUCGCGACGACGAUCUUGAGAAGUACGAUGGGUUCGUCAUUAGCGGGAGUCUACAUGAUGCUUUCGCAGAAGAGGCUUGGAUCAGUGAGCUAUGCUCUGUUUGCCAAAAACUUGAUGUGAUGAAGAAGAAAAUUCUUGGCAUAUGCUUUGGUCUCCAGAUAAUAUGUAGAGUAAGAGGUGGAAAGGUGGGAAGGGCUCUUAGAGGACCAGACUUAGGGCUUCGUAAGAUAAACAUCGUUCAAGAAAUGAUCGAACCGGGUGGUUACUUUGGUGAAGAAGUUCCCGAGUCAUUGUUGAUCAUAGAAUGUCACAGGGACGAAGUACUUGAACCUCCUGAGUCGGCCAAAGUCAUUGGAUUCUCGGACAAAUGUGACGUCGAGAUAUUCUCUGUGGAAGAUCACUUGUUUUGCGUUCAAGGCCAUCCUGAGUACAACAAGGAGAUUCUCUUGGAGAUCACUGAUCGUGUCCAUAAGAUCAAAUAUAUCGAGGAGGAAUGUGUGGAGAGAGCUAAGCGUACGACACAAAAGAUCGAACCAGACACGAGGCGUUUGCACAUUCUUUGCAAGAAUUUCUUGAAAGGACGAAGCCACUUGGUUUAAGAACUAAUUUAAUAAUAGUCUUUCAUAAAUCCGCUACGUUUGUGGAAGUUCAAAACUACACUAUAAUAUGGUAUGGUGAUAACAGAUCGUGAUCACAUAAUGUAACAUACCUAAUACUUUAAAAUAUAUUACCAAAAAUAAAAAGCUCAAAUAAAGUUAAUAAACAAUAUUUCUAUAUUCU